AUGGCCUCUUUCCUCGCUCAAGGCGUUGAUGCCGCCCUCGAGGCCACGGGUAUGGAUGCCGUAGAUGCUUUGCGCACCUUCUUUCUCCUCGCCGCUGCCACGACCAUCUCCGUCAGCAUCCCCUCCUCCCUACGCUCCCGUUUCCUUGUCUAUGGACCGCGUGCGACCUCGACCGACUCUAAGCCCCAAUCCCGAGCGUCAGCCGAGGGUGCCUCAAUCUCCAGGCCGCUAGACUAUCUUGCGACUUGGCGAUAUUUUGGGCCGUCCAAUCUACUAUGCCGCGGUACCUUAUUUGAGGCCAUCGCCUCGCGGGUAAACGAGGAGCAUCGGGUACAGACCAUGUCUCUGACCCAGGUGCUCGUCUGCUGGAUUCUGUUGGCCAUGCAGGGUUCGCGGCGACUGUGGGAAUCAACCUCCUUCGCAAAACCCUCCACGUCCAAGAUGUGGUUCGUACACUGGCUAUUAGGAUUGGCAUUCUACCUGGCUGCUGGGAUUGCGAUCUGGAUUGAAGGAUCAGAGGCACUAAUGAAUUUCAAUCUCACCCUUGACUACAUCAAAAUCACCAGAGCCCCAUCUCUCCGAACCUUCCUAUGCGUCCCGCUUUUCCUAAUGGCAUCCGGAAUGCAGCACGACUGUCAUCACUUUCUGUUCUCUCUUAAGAAAUAUACCCUCCCGGACCACCCGAUUUUCCGCGCCGUCGUAUGUCCGCACUACGGAGCCGAAUGCGUGAUCUAUCUGUCGCUAGCAUUUCUUGGUGCUCCGCGGGGCCAGUCCGUGAACAAGACCUUACUGGCAUGCUCGGCCUUUGUGGCCGUCAAUCUUGGUCUCACUGCCCGAACGACCAAACAAUGGUAUCUGGAAAAGUUUGGCGGGGAUAAGGAUGACCUCGAGCAAAUCAAGAGUCGAUGGCUCAUGAUACCAUACAUCUACUAA